AUGUGGAGGGGCUGCGUGUCAAUUCUGAAUGGCAUGGCAGCUGUUUCUGGUGGAUUUGGUUGGUUCAUCGCAAAACUAUUGCGCAUAAAGAGGCGAGGUUCAGUUUCGUCGCGAUGCUGUGUGAAGAAAGAAGCAGAGAGCAGCAAGAAUCAUUAUGAAUUGCUAGGAGUUUCAGUUGAUGCAAGUGGUCUACAAAUCAAGGAGGCUUACCGAAAAUUGCAAAAGAAAUAUCACCCAGAUAUUGCAGGGGAUAAGGGUCAUGAGAGCACAGUCACGUUGAAUAAAGCGUACGAGGUAUUGGUGAGAGACGACCUCAGAAAAGAGUACGAUAGGUCGAUUGGCAGAGUUCGUGUCGGGAUCGAGAGGAACACGCUAGGUAACGUGUGGAAAGAGCCCCUGAGACCCCAGGCUCUAUUUGUCGAUGAAAAUGCUUGUGUAGGUUGCUGGAAGUGUGUGCAUUACGCGGGUAACACAUUCACCAUGGACGAGGCUUCUGGAACCGCCCCCAUCAAGGUUCAAUACGGAGAUCAUGAUGCGCAGAUCGAGAUGUCGGUCGAAUCGUGCCCAGUAAACUGCAUCCACUGGGUCGAUACAGAAGAGCUAGCAGUUCUUGAGCAUCUGAUCCGGCCUCAACCGAAGGAGGGGUACGGAAUAUAUGGACAAGGAUGGGAAAGGCCUGCAAAUGUAUUCAUGGCUGCCAAAUCCUUCAACAAAGAGUUAGAGCGGCAAGAAGAAAGCAAGCAUAGACAUGGAAACUCAAGGGACAACGAAGAAACUCAAGCUCAGGCAGAAGCACGCGAGAAUGCAUACAAGGAACUGAAGAUCGGAAGGUUUGCAAGAAUUUGUAGCUGGAUGAAGCAAAGCACUAGUAAUUUCUGA